AUCGCGCGCGUGGUCAGGCAUUGACGAAACCCGGCCGGAGGUGGAGCGGCCGCCGCACGUGAGCAGAGUGUGUACUGUGCACUGUGCAGUACAGGGUGCAGCGGACUGCGGGUCAGUGAAUACUGCAGCCGAUUGCGACUCAGUGGGCAGUGUCAUGGCUCGCCUGACCCAGUGAAUAUUGCAGCGCGCUGCUGAGUGUGAACAGCGGAGCGACUCGCUGAGUGGACGGUGAAGCGCGCCGCUGAGUGAACUGCCCGGCGCUGAACAUGAAUGAGCUAACUGUCCUGGAUAAGCAGGGCAAGCCGAUUGAACCGCUGGUAGCCAGGUGCGGUCACGCCGCUCACUUGGUGCCAGACACCCUGCUCGUGACUGCGGCUCUCAUCAACGACCAUCCGAUAGGCAAGACUGUUGAGGCGCGCUGCGAAGGUAUCUUUGACAAGCUUCGCUGGCUGACACUGAGGCCGCUGAUGCGGGCACUGCUGGAAAACAACGAUGUUGACGGUGCCAAAUACUACUGUGCCUGUCAACCGAAGGAGUAUCCACCUAAUCAGCGGAGAGUUAUGUGCAAGGUGAAAAACCAGCCCUAUGAGCCGGACAAGUUCGUCGAGGACGCUGAAAGCAGCAAGCCACUCGAUGUUCAGAAUCUGGAUCGGUACGGUGCCAGUGCACAGGGUUUGUAUGCCGUCAAAUACGACGACAAAGGAGCCAGCGGCGACCACGACAUGCUAGCAACCGACCACGACAUGAUGGUGGAGUUUGGUCCAAUCAAGUGGACGGACGCUGUGAUGGAAGCAGAUGAGCCGAAGAAAAUCGACAAAGAAGAUGGGCCACUGGUGUGGUGCAGAAUGACUGACUCAUCCGGCUUCGUGACACUGCACUGGGCAAGGACCUCCGAGUGUGAGCACGACAAUCCGCUCGAUGCGAUGAUACCCAGCGCCUUCGGUAGGGUCAUGGAGGACUUCCGACGGAUGCGGUUCACGGAUAACCCGCUGGAGCCGCCCGGCCCGGGCGACUAUGUCCGCUGGCCGGACGAUGUGGAGGCCGAAGUGUACGACGUGGCAUGCCUCCACGCGCCUUGGUGGCCAGACAAGGAGGAGUUUCUCCACCGUGACGGCAAUUUUCCAUCAAAGGCGGCGCGACACGAUAUCUGCAACUUCGGCGUGCAUCUGAUACCGGUCACUAGACCUGACCGGUACCCCGAGGACAUAUCCUGGUGCUGGCAGGUCUGCUUCGCUCGGGCCAUGGUGGCAGGCAUUCGUUGUCUGAGUGCAAUGCAGCUAGCCACCGCCAGAGCCGUGAGCACCAUGCAGGAUAUCCUGAAAGUGAAGACGCCCCUGAUUACCGACUACAUCACCACCGCUGUGUUCUGGACUGCCCAGGACAAGCCCAGCGACUGCUGGACAGGCGUCACUGCCGGCGUGAAAAUGGUUCUGGAAUGGCUGCAACGACACCUGAAGGAAGGCAAACUGCCCUGCUUCUUCUGGCGCGCCCUGGAUCUGACAGCACACCUCAGCGAGUCUAGACGAGAAGGUAUGAUCAAGACAGUGUGUCUGAUGAGGGAUGAUCUGACCAAACUCCUGUUGGCCUGCUGUGACAAAGAGUUCGACCUGGCCGCUCUUCUGGGGGAGGGGAUGGAGCCGCUGACAGAGCGUCAGCUGCGCCGUCAGCUGGCAGGCUACCUGGUCUGUAGGGGCGUGGAUGACAGCAUCAGCGCAAGGCCGUCAGCUCCCUGCUGGGACUGCUGGUUCAAGCACAACUGCCAGGCCAUGAGGCUCCCGUCCGACCCCCUGCUAGUGUACUGGCGCUACCACUGCAUCUCCAGCUCCUACAUCAUGCAGUGUUGCAUGCUGCAGGCUUGGACUGUCUUGGACCGGGCUGACUUUGUGGUAAAGGAGCCAUCUGAUGCACCGGACGGAUUUCUCAAGACGCUGAGCGCCUCGCCCGUCAUGGCCGCGCUGAACAACUCGGACCUGAAGCUUGUGGUUGGUCCGGAUCCGGACGAAGUGGUCGGCUGGUGCCACAGGCAGUUGCAGCUUCCAGAGGACAAGCGAGCGGUAGCUAAAACCGUCGACGGGAAGACGUUGCGCAUGACCGCCGAGCUGGACACACCGCUGGGCCGUGCCGAGCUGCUGCUACAGCCGGAACUGCUACUGAUGGUCCUCAACAAGGCUGUGGAUCGCAAGGAGGAAGAGUGGCAGACGCGGGACCGCAAGCGGGCCAAGGCAUGGAAAGGGAGAUACCCCAAAGUGGUCUCAAAGUUAAAAAUCAAGAGGCGGGUGCUCGGCUUCAGUGGUCGCGAAAACCAGUACUGGGUCGAAUUUAACGAGCCAGGGCUGGCCGAAAGAGAGCGCAAAGGCAUCGAACGCCAGUAUCGACAAGAGAUAUUCCACAUGCUCAGGGGCAUCAAGAUCCUGGACAACUAUAACCAUCCGGGCCUCUGGAUCAGGAGCAACCCCCACGCACCGGGAACCUUCAUCAACGACAACCACAACGAAGCGCGUCGCUACAACGGUCGCGACAACUGGGGUGUGCGCCAACUGGUCAUCCGAGAACCGCCUGAAAAGUCCUGUGAGGAGAUGGGUAUGCAGGUGGUGGACUGAGUGUGGAUGGUCGGCAGCAGUCACACGACCACAAGGAGCCCAGAUUCCGUGGAUGAUACAUGUAGUCAGACAUCUUACCGUGAGGACCUGGUGACAUGUCAGACCCCAAGCAAGAUCAGCAGGGCCGGCUGGACCGACCAGAUACCGCCGAGUAUCGGACUGUGCUAGGACUACCAGGAGCAGGCUCAGUGGGUGCAGGAGAAGUGCACUGUCAGACGUCUUUGGAACUCUACCGAACACAGAGACUCUACCGAACACAGAGAACAACUCUACCGAACACAGAGACAGAGAACAACUCUACCGAACACAGAGAACAACUCUACCGAACACAGAGAACAACUCUACCGAACACAGAGAACAACUCUACCGAACACAGAGACAGAGAACAACUCUACCGAACACAGAGAACAACUCUACCGAACACAGAGAACAACUCUACCGAACACAGAGACAGAGAACAACUCUACCGAACACAGAGAACAACUCUACCGAACACAGAGAACAACUCUACCGAACACAGAGAACAACUCUACCGAACACAGAGAACAACUCUACCGAACACAGAGAACAACUCUACCGAACACAGAGAACAACUCUACCGAACACAGAGAACAACUCUACCGAACACAGAGAACAACUCUACCGAACACAGAGACAGAGAACAACUCUACCGAACACAGAGAACAACUCUACCGAACACAGAGAACAACUCUACCGAACACAGAGAACAACUCUACCGAACACAGAGACAGAGAACAACUCUACCGAACACAGAGAACAACUCUACCGAACACAGAGACAGAGAACAACUCUACCGAACACAGAGAACAACUCUACCGAACACAGAGAACAACUCUACCGAACACAGAGAACAACUCUACCGAACACAGAGAAAACCAGGAUGAUGUUGGACUGCAUGAGGCGCACAAAGCUUGAAAGCGGACAUUGAUAACGCUCAACGAACGCUUCCUUACCUGUCUGGAGGUGAAGUUUGUUCCCAAACUGACAAGCCAGCGUAUAUUCUUUGCGGCGAACGAGCCAGUUUUCUGCUAGAGCAGUGACGACAUGCAUGCAAUUGAUGAUUUUCACGGCUGUGGCAAGCCUCAUUCUGUCCUUGGCUGCUUUCGUUGGACACCAGUGUGCGAGUAUUGAUUGUGUAUUGUGAUAUGAAAUGACUCGUGUAAGCCACCGUGUGUGGCUAGAAGACCUUUCCUAAGCGUCCUGUUGGCAGGAAGUCGAACCGCAUCAGUUGCUUGCGGUCUUGUGACCAAACAUUGUUGUGUCGCAUUUGUGCAAACUAUUAGAGAUGCUGGUGCGUCAAUAAGUGUUAUUUUGUGACCGCUCACUCGCCCCGUGAGAAGGCGAGAGCACGGUGCUGGGCCAAUCAAGUGGUUGGACUGUUGUGUGCUUUGUUGGCUUCUAAGAUUACCAGCUCAAACUGUGUUCAAUGUUUUAAUGCUCAUCCCUGACCCCAUAUUGUGCACUGCACAUUGCUGCAUGACUAUAUAUGGCCUUGGCUGCAUGAAUAUAGCUCGCAACGGCAAG